UGACAACAAUAAAUCCGAGGGAAGGAGCCAGCGCGCCAGAAUAAUACAACAACAAUUUUUUUUUAAAAAGCGAGGAGCAUGAGACGGAGAGGUGGGAGUGGAUCAGCAGCAGCCACACCACAACAUGACCCAGCUUCACACUCGUGGUGCUCACUAGAGGCAGGGUUUGGAGACGCGGACAAACCGGCGAUGAUCUCCUUGUAAAAACUUCGCCGUUUGAGCGGGUUGAUUGAUGCCAAGCGGUGCGCGGCGAUGGCGACUCCAGCGCACCCGGAGACCAGGAGGUUUACGCGGGGUCUGGGUAAACCUGGCACGGCGGCUGAACUCAGGCAGAGUGUCUCUGAGGUGGUGAGGACGUCCGUGCUGGUUGUGAAACCGAAGGUGAUAGAGCCGCUGGACUAUGAAAAUGUGCUGGUGCAGAGGAAGACACAGAUCCUCAGUGAUGUCCUCAGGGACAUGCUGCAGUUCCCUCUGGAGGACUUCGAGAUUUCAACUCUGAGGCGGCAAGGGAGGACGCUCUACCCUACAGUGCCUGAAAAUGCAGAGAGGGAGGCCCAGAGUCUGUUUGUCCAAGAGUGCAUUAAGACCUACAAGUCUGACUGGCACGUCGUCAACUACAAGUACGAGGACUAUUCUGGGGACUUUCGACAGCUUCCAAACAAAGUGUCCAGGCCUGAUAAACUGGCUGUCCAUAUAUUUGAAGUGGAUGAAGAUGUCGAUAAAGAUGAGGAUACGGCCUCCUUAGGAUCCCAGAAAGGCGGGAUCUCCAAACAUGGCUGGCUGUACAAAGGCAACAUGAACAGUGCCAUCAGCGUCACCAUGAGGUCAUUCAAGAGGAGGUAUUUCCAUCUGACCCAGCUCGGGGACGGCUCUUAUAAUCUGAACUUCUACAAGGAUGAGAAGAUCUCCAAAGAGCCCAAAGGGACCAUUUUCUUGGACUCCUGUAUGGGCGUGGUUCAGAACAACAAGGUUCGGCGGUUUGCGUUCGAGCUGAAGAUGCAGGAUAAGAGCACCUACCUGCUGGCCUCGGACAGCGAGGGAGAGAUGGAGGACUGGAUCAACACGCUCAACAAGAUCCUGCACAGCAGCUUUGAGAUCGCCAUGCAGGAGAAGAGGAAUGGAGACAUUCAUGACGAUGAUGAUCUUGGAAAGUCAGACAGCUCCUCUGGCAGUAUGGACAGCUUUCAGAGCACAAGAGAUAUAGAGUCGAGGAUGAGGAGCGAGACCAGACUGAAGCUGUUCACUCUGGAUCCUGACACGCAGAAACUCGAUUUCUCAGGAAUUGAGCCGGAUGUCAAGCAAUUCGAGGAGAAGUUUGGCAAGCGUGUUCUGGUGAACUGCAACGACCUCUCGUUCAAUCUGCAGAGCUGUGUGGCUGAGAACGAGGAGGGACCCACAACAAACGUGGAGCCAUUUUAUGUCACCCUGUCACUGUUCGACAUCCAGAACGGCAGGAAGAUCUCCUCUGACUUCCAUGUGGACUUAAAUCACCCGUCCGUAAGGGGCCUGGUGCCCAGUAACACCAGCCAGUAUAUGAAUGGGGGAGGUGACACCCACCCUGAAGGGCAGCGGUUGGUCCACGGGGUGCCAGAGUCAGCCUUGAAGUAUCCAAAACAGGGAGUAUUCUCUGUAACAUGCCCUCACCCAGAUAUCUUCCUUGUGGCCCGCAUCGAGAAGGUGCUACAGGGCGGAAUCAACCACUGUGCCGAGCCAUACAUGAAGAGUUCAGACUCCACAAAGGUGGCACAGAAGGUCCUGAAAAAUGCCAAGCUGGCAUGUAGCCGGUUGGGCCAGUACAGGAUGCCUUUUGCCUGGGCAGCAAGGACUUUGUUCAGAGAUGCUUCAGGGACGCUCGACAAAAGUGCUCGUUUCUCAGCUCUGUACAGACAGGACAGCAACAAGCUAUCCAAUGAGGAUAUGCUCAAGCUGCUGGCUGAUUUCAGAAAGCCAGAGAAGAUGGCCAAGCUGCCUGUAAUACUAGGAAACCUCGACGUGACCAUUGACAAUGUAGCCCCUGACUUGACAAAUUGUGUUACCUCAUCCUACAUUCCUGUGAAGCAAUUUGAUGUCAGCGAGAAGACCAACGUCUUCUUUGAAGUGGAGGAGUUUGUGCCGUGCAUCGCCAAAUGUUCUCAGCCUUUCACCAUCUACAACAAUCACCUCUAUGUCUACCCGAAGCACUUGAAGUACGACAGCCAAAAGUCGUUUGCAAAGGCUCGAAACAUAGCUGUCUGCAUCGAGUUCAAGGACUCAGAUGAGGAAGACGCUGUUUCACUAAAGUGCAUCUACGGCCGACCCGGAGGACCUCUGUUUACCAAACAUGCCUUUGCUGCAGUAUUACAUCACCAGCACAACCCUGAAUUCUACGAUGAGUAUAAGAUCGAGCUGCCCACUCAGCUCCAUGAGAAGCAUCACCUGCUCUUCACCUUCUACCACGUCAGCUGUGACAACAACAGCAAGGCCAGCACCAAAAAGAGAGACCUGGUCGAGACCCAAGUGGGCUACGCCUGGCUCCCCCUGCUGAAAGACGGCCGGGUGAUCAUGAACGAGAACCAAAUCCCUGUGGCUGCCAACCUGCCUGCUGGAUACCUCAGUUGUCAGGAGGGUGCCAGCAAGCAUUCGGGUCCUGAAGUCAAAUGGGUAGAUGGAGGCAAGCCUUUAUUCAAGGUGUCUUCUCACCUGGUGUCCACAGUCUACACUCAGGAUCAACAUUUGCACAACUUCUUUCAUCACUGUCAGAGCCUUGCACCUGCGCCCCAGGUGACAGGAGGAGAGCUGGUGAAAUACCUGAAGAGUCUGCAUGCCAUGGAGAGUCAUGUGAUGAUCAAGUUCCUGCCCACCACCCUGAAUCAGCUGUUUAGGGUGCUAACCAGUGCCACCCAAGAGGACGUGGCAGUCAACGUCACCAGAGUCAUGAUUCACAUCGUUGCACAGUGCCAUGAGGAGGGUUUGGAGCACUACCUGAGAUCAUAUGUGAAGUUUGUAUUCAAGACCGAGCCACACACGUCCACCACCACCCGAGCCGUACAUGAGGAGCUGGCUAAAGCCAUGACUGCUAUCCUGAAGCCUUCCACUGACUUCCUCACCAGUAACAAGCUCCUCAAGUACUCGUGGUAUUUCUUUGAAGCCUUAGUCAAGUCCAUGGCUCAGUACUUGAUUGAAAGCUGUAAAGUGAAGCUGUCCAGGAAUCAGCGCUUCUCAGCAUCCUUCCAUCACACGGUGGAGACGCUUGUCAACAUGAUGAUGCCUCACAUCACUCAGAAGUACAAAGACAACCUGGAUGCUGCCAGGAACGCCAACCACAGCCUGGCAGUAUUCAUCAAGCGCUGUUUCAACCUGAUGGACAGAGGCUUUGUGUUCAAGCAGAUCAACAACUACUUCAACUGUUUCAUGCCCGGAGACCCAAAGACGCUGUUUGAGUUCAGGUUCGAGUUCCUGCGUGUCGUGUGCAACCACGAGCACUACGUCCCCUUAAACCUGCCUAUGCCAUUCGGAAAGGGGAGGAUAUUGAGAUUUCAAGACCUCCAGCUGGAUUACUCGCUAACAGAUGACUUCUGCAAGAACCACUUCCUGGUCGGGCUGCUGCUCAGGGAGGUCAGUGCAGCUCUGCAGGAGUUCAGGGAGAUUCGUCAGAACGCCAUCCAGGUGCUGAAGGGUCUGAUGAUAAAGCACACGUUUGAUGACCGCUACACCUCUAAAAGCCAGCAGGCCAGGUUGGCAACGCUGUACUUGCCCUUGUUUGGUCUGCUCCAAGAGAACGUCAACAGGCUGAAUGUGAAGGAGGUAUCCCCGUUCCCCAUCAACCACUCCAACAAUAAUGGACGAGAAGAUUCACUUCUUACCAACGCCUUGAUGACACCUCCCAGGUCUAGCACCUUCCUGGACACCAGCUUGCACAAAGACGUGUUCGGAGCCAUCUCGGGCACCUCUUCACCGCACACAUCGUCCACCCCCAACAUUAACUCCGUGCGCCACGCGGACUCUCGCGGUUCACUCAUCAGCAUUGACUCUGCCAACAGCCUGCCUGAGAAGAACAACGACAAGGGCAACUCUCUGGACAAGAACCAGCCUGCGUCCGCCCUGGGCAGUACCCUUCUGCGAUGUGAUAAACUGGACCAGGCGGAGAUCAAGAGCCUCCUCAUGUGCUUCUUACAUGUGCUCAAAAGCAUGUCUGAGGAUGCUCUGUUCACAUACUGGAACAAGGCUACAUCUGCCGACUUAAUGGAUUUCUUCACUCUAAUCGAAGUGUGCCUCCAUCAGUUCAGAUACAUGGGGAAGAGAUACAUCGCAAGGAACCAGGAUGGGGCAGGUCCGGUAGCACAUGAGCGGAAGUCUCAGACUCUGCCUGUGUCCCGUAACAGGGCGGGAAUGAUGCAUGCCCGCUUACAGCAGCUCAGCAGUCUGGAUAACUCAUACACUUUUAACCACACCUACAGUCACUCGGAUGCAGACGUGUUAAAUCAGUCGCUGCUGGAGGCUAACAUCGCUACUGAAGUGUGUCUGACUGUCCUGGACACGCUGAGUAUCUUCAUCAUGGGAUUCAAGGCCCAGCUGUGCUCUGACUAUGGCCACAGUCCACUGAUGAAGAAAGUGUUUGAGGUCCAUCUCUGUUUCCUACGUAUCAAUCAGUCAGAGACGGCUCUCAAACAGGUCUUCACUUCACUGCGCACCUUCAUCUACAAGUUCCCCUGCACGUUCUUCGAGGGCCGAGCUGACAUGUGUGCUGCGUUCUGCUACGAGAUCCUGAAGUGCUGUAACUCCAAGCUGAGCUCCAUCCGCAGCGAUGCCGCCCAUCUGCUCUACUUCCUCAUGAAGAGCAACUUUGACUACACUGGUCGCAAGUCUUUUGUCCGGACACACUUACAGGUGGUGAUUGCUGUAAGUCAGUUGAUAGCUGAUGUGAUCGGUAUCGGAAGUACCCGCUUCCAGCAGUCUCUGUCGAUAAUCAACAACUGCGCCAACAGUGACAAAACCAUCAAGAACACAGCUUUCCCCUCGGAUGUGAAGGACCUGACCAAACGCAUCAGAACAGUCCUGAUGGCCACGGCUCAGAUGAAGGAGCACGAGAGGGAUCCGGAGAUGCUGGUGGACCUGCAGUACAGCCUCGCCAAGUCUUACGCCAGCACGCCCGAACUACGCAAGACCUGGCUGGACAGCAUGGCCCGAAUCCAUGUGAAGAACGGAGACCUGUCAGAGGCAGCCAUGUGUUACGUUCACGUCGCAGCACUUGUAGCAGAGUACCUGCGGAGAAAAGGUGCUUCGAUAAUCUGUUUGCACUUGCAAGCCAUGCAGCAUUUAUGUUAUAUAGAUUCUGCAUAUUUAGGGCUGAUUGUUACAAUGACGUCUCCUCUCGUGCUGUGCGCAGGCAUGAUCAAGCAGGGCUGCUCAGCGUUCCGUGUCGUGACUCCAAACAUCGAUGAAGAAGCAGCGAUGAUGGAGGACGUCGGCAUGCAGGACGUCCAUUUCAAUGAAGAUGUCCUAAUGGAGCUGUUGGAGGAAUGCGCAGACGGGCUGUGGAAAGCCGAGCGCUACGAGCUCAUCUCUGACAUCUACAAGCUCAUAAUUCCCAUUUAUGAGAAGCGCAGGGACUUUGAGAAACUGGCCCAUCUGUACGACACGCUGCACCGUGCAUACAGCAAAGUGACCGAGGUCAUGCACACGGGCAAGAGACUGCUCGGCACCUACUUCAGAGUAGCUUUCUUUGGCCAGGCAGCGCAGUACCAGUUUACUGACUCAGAGGCUGAGGGCUUCUUUGAAGACGAAGAUGGUAAGGAGUACAUCUACAAAGAACCCAAAUUCACCCCUCUGUCAGAGAUAUCGCAGAGGCUCCUCAAGCUCUACUCAGACAAGUUUGGACAGGAGAAUGUGAAGAUGAUCCAGGACUCUGGGAGGAUUAACCCCAAAGACCUGGACUCUAAGUACGCUUAUAUCCAAGUGACACACGUCACCCCUUACCUGGAGGAGAAGGAGCUGACAGACAGGAAGACGGACUUCGAGAAGAGCCACAACAUCCGACGCUUUGUGUUUGAGAUGCCUUUCACCAUAUCGGGCAAAAAGCAGGGUGGGGUGGAGGAACAGUGCAAACGCAGGACUAUACUAACUACCACACACUGUUUCCCCUACGUGAAGAAGCGCAUUGCCGUGAUGUACCAGCACCACACCGACCUGAGCCCCAUCGAGGUGGCCAUCGAUGAGAUGAGCAAGAAGGUGGCCGAGAUCAAACAGCUCUGCUCGUCCAGCGAGGUGGACAUGAUCCGUCUGCAGCUCAAACUGCAGGGCAGCAUCAGUGUCCAGGUUAAUGCUGGGCCACUCGCAUAUGCCCGAGCUUUUCUGGACGACGCGAGCGCCAAGAAGUAUCCUGACAACAAGGUCAAACAGCUGAAAGAGGUCUUCAGGCAUUUUGUGGAGGCGUGUGGCCACGGCUUGGGCAUCAACGAGCGGCUGAUCAAAGAGGACCAGCAGGAGUAUCACGAUGAGAUGAAGGCCAACUACAGGGACCUCGCCAGAGAGCUGUCCAUCAUCAUGCAUGAGCAAAUCAGUCCAGUGGAAGAUGGCAUGAAGAGCGUUCUUCCAGACUCGCUUCACAUCUUCAACGCCAUCAGCGGCACGCCAACCAGCACCAUCAUCCAGGGAAUCCCCAGCUCUUCUUCGGUGGUAUGAGGCUCGCCCGGGAUAGCUUUAUGCUUGAAAACCCGCCCGACAGUCAUGCCAGUGAUGCCAUAUUGUCACUUCUAAAUCCUGAUCCUGCAUCUCUUCUGUCGGCUUAAAGGGAAACGGACAAAAGCACAGACAACUCUGACCACCUCUGACCCUUGUCAGUGAACCAUGACCAGGCACUGGACCUAUUAAAAGUAUAUACAUGGUAUGGUGGCUGUGUUGGAUGUCGUUAUGUUAAAAAGAGAGGAUCCUGCAGGAGACAUGACAGACUUUGGCCAGAAAUUAAUGUGUGAUGAAGCAUUUUCUGACCACUCCUUCACCCAUUUCUACCUGAAAAGACUGGGCUUUGUUUCCACGGACACAUUCCUGUUGAGAUCUUUAAUAUGCAUGUCAUCACGUUACACCCACCGCCCCUUGAAAAAAAAAAAGCCCAUUUUUGUUUACUUUGAUAAUGUUUCACGUUGUUUUUGUAUGUACAGCAUUCAACUUUUAUAAGCCACUGUAUUGAUGUCUCUGAUGAACAGUAUAUGCUGCAAACAUUGACGCUCCAUCUCCCUGUACAUGAAGUUAUAUUUCUAUAAAAUGCAAAAGGGCCUCCUCUGACUCAACCUUAAAUCACUUCAAUGUCUUAGAAUGGGAGCGUUUUUAAAUAUUUAAAGCCAUUGCAUACAAAAAAUAUAUUCCAAGUUGUUUAUUACUGUAUAUAUAAUAGGAGUGUGUGCAAUAUUUGCUGUGUGGGGCUCAUACACUGUAAAGAUGAUGUUCACCUUCUUGCCAAAGCGAUGAGGUGUGGAACCAGACACUAUGCCUACUGUGGAAGUAAUAUGAAGCUUUUACCAUGUUAGUGUUCAUUGAAAUGUUCAAGAAAUUGUUUUAUAUUUGGGAAGCAAAUGUUUUCUUUUUUUUAUUUUUAUUUAACGCAAAGUCACUGUUCUGCUGUAAACAGAGAUGUUUCCCUAAUGCUUUUCUUUUAAAUAAAAUACACUCUUUUCUCUGCA